AAGAAGCUCAUUGCUCGAAUAUAUUUUUUGUCUUUUCAAUAGAAAAAUUGCUAACAAAAACUAUUUUUAGUGUUUUUCGAAGUGUAACUAACGGAAGUUAACUGUAUUUUAAAUAUACCCAAUCCAGUUUAUAUGAAUUGCAUGCGAGCUUGAGAUUAACUAAAGGAUGUGCCACGAAGUCUGCAGCGAAAAAAAUUCGAUAAUUUCAAAGAAGUGAAAUCAAAAAAAUCAAAUUCAAAUUUAAAUUUAGAGAAAGUGAAACGGAUUGUUCACAGCAAAUCAAUUGCGAAUGUCAACAACAUCAAAAAAAAAAAAAAAAACAAUAGUGACGUGCUGUUAGAGUCACUAGAACAUAACGUUCCUCAUUACGUACCUAAGCUCUGUGAUAUCAGUGUUUUCAAAAGACUGCUCUCAAAACCAAUAAGUAUUCAAUAAUAUUUAAUGAAUUGCACGAUAAACAAAUUGAAAUGAAAAGGAAACUUUUAGCCAGGAAUCACAAACUGAAUUCGUCAAAAAAGUUUGUUAGUUUGCUCGGUCUAUUGUUUUUACUUAUUUGCAAGGCAUCCAGUGACAGGGAUGUUCAAUCAUUUCCCGCGCGAAAAAACCCAAACGUACAACAAACAACAACACCAGCACCGGUGGCUUCUAAGAAUACAGAGGUUCCAGAUAUUCCAGAUGUUGAACCCACGCCAAAACCGCCGCCAGAAGAAAGAACCACACCAGCUCCGGUGACUUCUACGGAUACAGAGGUUCCAGAAAUUCCGGAGAUUCAACCCGCGCUAAGGACGCCAUCAAAAGAAUUAGAAUUUCCUUCGCAGUUGGCUUCUAAAGAUGAGAAGACACCAGGAUUUCGGAUUGUUCAACCAACGGAAAAGUCGCUUCCAGAUGUUGAACCCACGCCAAAACCGCCACCAGAAGAAAUAACCACACCAUCACCGGUGACAUUUACGAAUACAGAGGUUCCAGAUAUACUAGAUGUUGAACCCACGCCAAAACCGCCGCCAGAAGAAACAACCACACCAUCACCGGUGACUUUUACGAAUACAGAGGUUCCAGAUAUUCUAGAUGUUGAACCCACGCCAAAACCGCCGCCGGUGACUUCUACGGAUACAGAGGUUCCAAAAAUUCCGGAGGUUCAACCCACGCUAAGGACGCCAUCAAAAGAAUUAGAAUUUCCUUCACAGUUGGCUUCUAAAGAUAAGAAGACACCAGAAUUUCGGAAUGUUCAACCAACGGAAAAGUCGCCUCCAGAUCAAAUAGAACCCAUAUUAACACGUGCAGAGGAGCCAAGGGCGAAUGUACCUCCUGUGUCCAACCAUACAAUAAGAGGCAAAAAUGAACGAGAUGAGGAUGAAAGUCAUAAUGAUUUGAUAUGCAAGGACGGUCUCAUCUUACGAGCUUGGCGUCCCUUGACGGACAUAUCACAAGAAGAACGUAUACUUCGAGGCAUAAUUUACUUUCUUGCAAUGGUUUAUUUAUUUAUUGGUGUGGCCAUUGUAUCGGAUCGCUUUAUGGAGGGUAUUGAGGUGAUCACAUCCAGUGAGAGACGUGUAAAUGUACUCAAUAAAAAUGGCCAGAGAGAAACCAUAACAGUGCAUGUAUGGAAUGAGACUGUAGCUAAUUUGACACUAAUGGCUUUAGGAUCGAGUGCCCCCGAAAUUUUACUUUCCAUAAUCGAAAUGUUUCAGAAGAACUUUGAAGCUGGCGACUUAGGUCCAGGUACGAUCGUCGGCUCGGCAGCAUAUAACUUAUUUGUCAUUAUUGGCAUUUGUAUAGUUGUCAUACCGAAAGGUCAAGUGCGCAGAAUACAACACUUUCGCGUAUUUGUGGUGACAGCUUCUUGGUCGGUAUUUGCCUAUGUGUGGAUGUGUAUUAUAACAAAGUAUGUAACACCGAAUGUUAUCGACAUAUGGGAGGCUUUAGUAACAUUGAUAUCCUUUCCGGUUUUCGUUUAUCAUUCCUACAUCACGGAACGACGUCUCUUCUGUCCGAGAUGUUACAAAAAUGAUGCAAAUCAACGAGGCGUUGCCAUGAGCUCCAUAGAAUCGCCGGAUCGCGAGUCGGAACCAAUACGUUCGAGUAUUAAAGAUUUAAUUGAGACACCAGAAAUGCGUGAAUUCGAGGAACAACGCCGUGAAUACAUCACUAAGCUGAAGGAAUUAUAUCGCAGAUAUCCGCAAUAUGAUUUGGAAAAAAUUCAGGCAAUGGCACAAGAGCAUCUAAUACGGGAGAGCACGAAGUCGAGAGCUUUCUAUCGCGUACAUUCGGGACGUCGCCUAACUGGUGCCGGUGGUGUAUUGAGGAAAGCACGUGAUUAUGCAGCUGUGGAAAUUGGUCAAGCAAAGGCCGUAUAUCGCAUGCAAGUGGAAGAGGAGGAGCCAGAUAUUGAUGAUGAGAUUGAGACACGUUUGUAUUUCGAACCCGGUCAUUAUACGGUUUUGGAAAGUGUUGGCGAUGUGGAGCUGCAUGUGAUUCGUGCUGGCAGCUUAGCGAAUUUCACCAAAGUCGAAUACUACACCGAAGAUGGCACAGCCGAAGCCGGUUCGGAUUACAUACCCGUAAGUGGUGUACUCGAAUUUCCACCGGGUAUUGAAGAGCAAAUCAUUAAAAUCGCUAUUGUUGAUGACGAUGUUUUCGAAGAAGACGAACAUUUUUAUGUGCAUCUCAGGAAACCCAGCGAUGAUGCUGUAAUCAUCACACCCAAAGUAGCGACCGUCAUGAUUUUAGACGAUGAUCAUUGUGGCAUUUUCGAAUUCAAAGAGAAAGAACAUAUCAUACCCGAAAAUGUGGGCAUCUACGAAGUGAAAGUGAAACGUUAUUCGGGCGUACGCUGCAAAAUCGUUCUACCUUAUUACACCAAAGCGAAAACAGCCACAUCGGGCAAGGAAUAUAUGGAUGUGAAAGGAGAACUGAUAUUUGAUAAUGGUGUGUAUGAGCUUUCUAUAGAAAUUGAAAUCAUUGAAGAGCACAGCUUUGAAAAGAAUGUAACCUUCGAGGUGCAUCUUGGUCAACCAAGAGUAUCGGAAGAUGAUGCACUCCUACUUCGAAUACGAGAGGUUCAACAAAAAUCUGACGACGAAAGAACUUUUCGAGAUAAUAUUCUCUUGGCUGGUCUACCGAAAUUGGCAGAAACAACAAAAAUACUGUGUCACAUUGUAGAAAGUGAAGAGUUCAAACAAACGGUUAACAAGCUGGUGCAAACAGCGAAUGCCUCAAAGCUGAUUGGUACCACCUCGUGGAAGGAGCAAUUUUUGGACGCCAUGACAGUUACAGGUGGUGGAGGGCUUGACGUCGAAGAUGCUGAUGAUGAUAUUGAAUAUGAGGAGGAUGAGGACGACGACGAUACUGGUCCCAGCGGAUGCGAAUAUUUUAUGCAUUUUUUAUCGAUUUUUUGGAAAAUCUGCUUUUCUAUAAUACCACCAGCAAAAAUCUGUAGUGGAUAUCCGUGUUUCUUUAUCUCGAUCAUCCUGAUAGCAAUUUGUACUGCCGUUCUCACGGAUGUUUCAUCGCACUUCGGUUGUACAUUGGGUGUACUAGACUCGGUUACAGCAAUUUGUUUAGUGGCAUUGGGCACCAGUUUACCAGAUACAUUCGCCAGCAAAGUGGCUGCCAUACAUGACAAAACCGCCGACAAUGCUAUUGGUAAUGUCACGGGCAGUAAUGCUGUGAAUGUGUUUCUUGGAAUCGGUAUCGCAUGGUCUAUGGCGGCCAUAUAUCACGCCAUGCACGGUUCUAUAUUUUAUGUGCCUGUGGGAUCUUUGCUCUUUUCAACGGUGCUCUAUCUGUGUGAAGCGGUUAUCGGGUUCGCGAUAAUAGUCUAUCGUCGCAAGCCAUCUAUAGGCGGAGAACUUGGCGGUCCAGUGGGAAUUAAGUGGUUUCAUGGCAUUAUAUUAUUUGCACUUUGGUUUAUUUAUCUAGCGAUUAGCACAAUGGAGGCGUACGGUAUUAUUUCAGGUUUCUAAAAAGGUCGCAUAAAAUUCCAAUAAACAUACAGACAUACUACCAAUAUAA